UUGUUCGUAACGCCAUAUGACAGUAGGCAAUGUGAUCUAGUGGUCCACAGACUGUCAGUUCAAUUCCAGUUUUAGCAGGUAGGCUAUUUGUGCAGAAUGGAGGAUAAAAAUGUGCUUUUCCUUGAUACCAUCCCACAGAAAGCCGAGAUAUACUAAACGGCUUGUGUGGUAAAUUGCAGGUAGGCCUACCUUUCGAAGAUCAGCAUGAUCGGAUUAUUUUAACGAAAUUGUCUUUCGGAAAAAGUCCAGAUCAUCGGUAUCUUCCACAGCCCAAUAGACCUUUGACCUUUGUAGUCAUGCUUUCAUUGAGUGCAGUCGUUGUUGGUUCACUACUGUUAUCUAUGACGGUAAUGUUCAAUGUUUUUCUGCUGGCCCCAAGCCAAAACGAACAAUUAUUGACGAACCUUGCAUGUGCAAAGCACAUUCAAUAUAAUGCUGGAGCUGUGUCAUACCUACCGCAAUCCCAGGUUAUGAAUUUGCACGCAAGAAAGACUAGUUACGACUUCGAGCCUUCGGUCAUUUUGUCGGGCUGCGUCGGUAUCAGUUUGGCAAAUGGCACUGCACCUAUUUCUCAGUGCAGUAGAAGCAGAGAAAAGAGAACAUGUUUAGAGUGGAAAAAUAAAGCAAGGCUUGUAAUGGAAGAAACUGUUUUGACUAAGGAAGUGCGUUGCACUUCAGUUUCGUGGGAGGCCUUGACAUAUGACAUUAAUGAUUUUACUGAUUGUUACAAUAUGUCUGGGGCACAUUGGUAUGGAUUUGGACAAGUCUUCGACCAAAAGUGGCCCAUAGAAAAUUGGUCUAUGAACUUCGCUCCAUUCGUUACCCAUGAUAGUAUAAGUGCGAAGACUGCAUAUGGAAGCGUGGCUGAGCGGUUGGUGUUUGGUUCUCGAGGCGUUGGGAUCUAUGUACCUGAAGACGUCCCGUUAUUUGUCAGUGUCAAUGCAAGUGGUGACCAUAAGAUCUGUUUGAUGGGUCGAUUCAAAAACUCUCCCUAUAUAAAUAAUGAUGACUUGCCACCUUUUCUUAAAUAUAACAUUUGCUCUUCGGACAACGCUCUGCAAAUGCGUAAUUUUGCCGCGAAGAACUUUUUCAGUCUACCACCUCCAAAUAAGAUACCAGAUGAACGAAUGUUUACAUCGCCGAUAUGGUCAACGUGGGCAUUAUAUAAAAAAACGAUCAAUCAAUCAACUGUGAUUGAUUUCGCAGACGCUAUUUUGAAAUAUAAUUUCAGUAAUUCCCAGAUAGAGAUCGAUGAUAACUGGACACCGCAUUACGGAGACAUGACAUUUGAGCCAAGAAAAUUUCCUGAUCCGAAAGGAAUGGUUCAACAGCUACACAACAAGGGCUUCCGUGUAACAGUUUGGGUUCAUCCAUUUGCUAGCUUGUUAUCCCAGUCUUAUCAGGAGGGUAAGGCAAACGGAUACUUUGUCAAAACCAAACGUGGAACACCAAAGCCAACAUUCUGGUGGGACGGUAUUGGCGCUAUAUUAGAUGCUACAAACAUGAACGCCCAAAAUUGGUUUCUAGCCAAACUUCACAGACUGAAAAACAUUUACGGUAUUAACUCGUUCAAAUUCGAUGCCGGGGAAUCUGGAUGGCUACCCCCUUCUCCAUUUUACAUGGCAUCCCCCGGUAUUAACCCGAGUCUGUACUCAACUAUGUAUGUUAAAAUGGCAUACGACGCCGAUUCAGACGUACGGCAUCAAGAGGUUCGCGUUGGUUGGAGGACACAGGAUACCCCAAUAUUCACUCGGAUGUUAGACAAAGACUCUGUCUGGGGGUAUAAUAACGGGCUUAAAACGCUCAUCCCAGACGCACUUACCUUUGGCAUCUUAGGUUAUCCGUUUAUUCUCCCAGAUAUGAUAGGGGGUAAUGCCUACGCGUCAACUUACCCAGACCGUGAACUAUUCAUACGAUGGUUAGAGGCAAACGUUUUUCUCCCCUCUCUACAAUUUUCAAUUCCGCCUUGGGCAUAUGAUGGCGAGAUAAUCAACAUUUCAAAGAAAAUGAUUGACCUUCAUAAAAAAUUCGCACCCACUAUUAUUUCUCUUGCCAAGCAGUUUUCUGAAUCAGGCGCGCCAAUAAUCCGACCACUCUGGUGGAUAAAUGCGACGGACGAUAUAUCUCUAACAAUUGAUUCUGAAUUUUUACUUGGCGAUGAUCUGUUAGUAGCCCCAGUGCUUGAACAGGGGGCUAGGGCUCGUGAUGUAUAUUUAGUGCCCCCAUAUAAAUGGAGAGAUGAGCGAACGGGAAGUGUCGUUAACUGCGGUUGGCACUUAAACUACAAGGCGGACCUCGAUGAAUUGCCUUAUUUUACAAGAAUUAUAAAGUAAACGAGUUAUAAAAAAAUCUAACUGUAAAAUGUAAGAGUUCAGUCUCUUUAAAAUGUUCAAAUAUGAUAUGAAUGAUUAUUUUCAGUAUAAAAUUGCUGUUUACACAGUUAAAGCAUAAUGCUCACUUCAGUGCUCUUUUCUAAGAUCCAAAGGUGAAUAGUUGUGAAAAAUGUAUUGUUUAAAAUUGCAACAGAUGUAGCCUAAGUUAUAUCAAAUAUGAAAUGAGAAAUUAGAUAAAGUUUUACAUCACAGUUAAAUAGGUACCUAUUGAAAAAGUUGUGACAGUCGCUUAUACAUAUAUAUUGCUUAUUUAGUCGUUUAAGUGGCAUUUUAUUGUACUUUUCAGAAUGAAUGUCUGAAAGUUUUUAUUUGAAAUCAUCUGAAGUUUUUUCGAAUGUGACAUUUGUGAUGUUAAAAUGUUAUAUACAGAUAAAUAAGUUGUAUUUGUUUUGUUUUCUCGUUAUCAAAACCUUAACAAUCUUUCUACCAAGGUGUAAUUC